AUGCUGCAAGCACCUCCACUGCACGUCCACUUGCUGCAAUCCGAAUCCCUUGUCGUCCUCAGUGGGCGAGUAGGAACAACGACGACCUACGGCCUCAUUGACACUAUUCAUACUCCAGAGACUGCGAACGAAGCCAACCCGUACGAAAUCACCCCGAUGAUGCCUCAUACCUUUUGGCCGGAUCCGGCAGCCACAGAGGACACUACGUUUCUGAUCAAGGCCCACCCGAGCUUGGACGGUAUGGACGCGCGGAUGGAUCGACUUUUCUUCCAGUCUCUGCUGAAGUAUAUCAGUGAUGUGGCGGAGAAGAAAGAACGGAUGGAUAUCCUGCAGAUCAUGCUGAUCCAACACGUGUCGGCAACAGCUAUGGUCAUGUUCCCUGGGGCAUGGUUCCUUGGCCCACUCAGGUGGUGGAUUCCGUGGAAGCUCCAAGCUCUGGGAUCCACCAUUGCCCAAUGGCAAGGCAAGAAAACGUUGAUUCAGAGAUAUCUGUCGAAGGAGGAUUGGGAGGAGGCACAGCCACGAGUCGAUGGGCGCUCAAAGAUUGCGUGA